UCCCACAAACGUGCCUUGACUUGCGAUAUUCCCGGUGGUCCCUGAAGGCAGCCGCAGAGGAGGAAGGAACCCUGGCAACGCUGUCGCGAAGCUAACGUUAUCCGUGUACUGCUAAGCCCUCUGAAUGCAUCAGCUUUGCCAACAUGCACUUAAGUGUUUAUCUCGACUGUCUACCAUUUGAUCUUUACUUCGUAGCUUCCUCAAAAGCGUGUUAACACAUUUACGAUGGAAUUUUUUAACGAGCCAAGCUAGCCUAGCUACCAGACGUUUUCUUCGUCGUAGCCACUAUCAGUUGACCAGCUAACCAGAACGAGUUGUUGUUAGCUUAAGCUGGCUUGGUGAAUAUGGCGAUUGUGUCUGGAUCCUGUGCUAGGGUAAACGGGUCUAGAAAUGGGCCGUCUGUGUCAGCUACACCGUCUGGAUCCGUUGGACAGUCUCAGCCCAUGAUAGCGGUAUGGGAAUGGCAGGAUGACCUGGGGUACUGGCGGCCUUACAGCGGCCAAGUGAGCGCUUACAUCGAGCGGUGUCUGGCACCGCGGGGCCAGAGAGGAGGAGGACCCGGCUCAACGAGCAUCUGCCUCGGACAAUCAGACCCCAGCCUGUCGCCUUAUCUCAUUGACAUACCAAGCUUGAAACAGUUUCGGCAGGACACGGGAAAGACUCGGUCAGUACGUCGGUCCCUGUUUGCCCAGUCCUCAGGCCUGGGCAGUGGUGUUUAUUGGGAAUGGGCCAACGACGAAGGAGGAUGGACUCCAUAUGAGACUCGAACCUCUAUCCUUUUGGAGCACAGCUAUCAGGCCCGCCAAGGCACGGCAGACUUGGGCCCGCAUGGAUACAAUUACAUAGUGGAUCUCACAUCUCUGGCCCAAGUUAACAAAUCCUCGGGGUUCAGGCGGCAGGUCAGACGGCAGUGUAACCUCCCCUACCCACUGGCCUCCUCUGGCCCUCCAGCCAUCCCCUCGGGCCCUGUCUGCUCCUGCCAGCAGUGUUUGAGCCACAGCAGCACAGGACCCAUGCCCAGCCGUUCACGACAUUCCUUUUCAUCAGGCAGUCUGAACCGGCCCAGCCUCCAAGGUACAGGAAGGGCUGUAGCCGCUCACCCCACUUCUGUCUACUCACCGUACCCUAGGAGACCCCUCUCUGUGGGGGGAAUGUCCUGGGGCAGCCCUUGGCCUCCACCGUCCUCUGGUAGUCAACUGUCUGCACCAGUUCUGACCAGCUCUACCAGUGCCAAUGGGUUAAGUGUUCCUUCCAUUUCUGUGCCAUUGAAUGGAUCCACCAGUGUAAGCUCUGCCCUGGCAGGCAUGGCCUCCAUUUUGAUGUCAGCAGUGGGACUCGGCGUGCACUUCACCACUGCCCCCCUCCCUCAGCAGCAGCAGCAGCAGCAGCAGCAGCAGCAACCUGCUCCUUUCUCUCUUCCUCCUCCUCUCCUCCCCCCAGCCAGCAGGCCCAGCAAGCCCCACAGCAGCAGCAGCAGCAGUUCAGUUAGGAGAGCAAAGAGGCAGCACAGGAGAGCCUCAGCUCAGAGACCCGAGGAGGUGAUUCAGCGCUACAUGGAGGUAGUGGCUGGAGUACCAGAUGAGGACUGCAUUAUCUGCAUGGAUCAACUGUCCAAUCCAUCCGGCUACGAGGCAUCGUCCACAGAGGGAGGCCAGAGCAUUCUGCCAGACACUGUGGGGAAAUUCAUCAAAUGUGGACACACCCUGCAUAUGCUCUGCAUGCUGGCCAUGUACAACAACGGAACAAAGGACGGCAGUCUGCAGUGCCCCUCGUGUAAGACAAUCUACGGAGAAAAGACCGGCACCCAGCCCAAAGGCAAGAUGGAAAUUUACAGCGUCGCCCAGUCGCUGCCAGGUCACCCAGACUGUGGCACCAUCCAGAUCAUCUACAGCAUACCACCUGGCAUACAGGGCCCGGAGCAUCCCAACCCAGGACAGCCGUACAGCUGUAGAGGCUUCCCUCGCUUCUGUUUUCUACCAGACAGCGACAAGGGCAGGAAGGUGCUGGAGCUGCUGAAGGUGGCGUGGAUGCGACGCCUCAUCUUCACCGUGGGGACGUCCAGCACCACGGGAGAGCCCGACACGGUGGUGUGGAACGGCAUCCACCACAAAACAGAGAUGAUGUCCAACUUGUCGGGGCACGGCUACCCCGACCCCAACUAUUUGGACAAUGUUCUGUCUGAGCUGGCCUCUCAGGGCGUGACAGAGGACUGCCUCAAACCUCCAGGGAGCAGCAGCAGCAGCAGCUAGGUCACAGCUCCGAGCUUCACACACUUCCUCUCACUGCUGACCACUGAGUUAACCCUUCAAAAUCCACCUCUGUGGCCAGGUGGGCCUCCUGCAACCUCUGUGUGUUAUUAAGUUAAUGUCAGCAUCUGCCCAAAUCUCAUUGAGUGAGCAAAGGAGGAGAAGUGAGCCGAAUGAUGGUCCUGAAGCUUCUUUGGAAGAAUGCAAAGUGGAGUGCUUGCUGAGGAGUAGUUCAUGCUCCAAUACAUUCCCGCUCAUUACAUAUUCCAGUAGGCAGACCUCAGAGAAAAAUGGGGCUCCUCUUACUCUGAGCCUCUUUUAUCAAACCUCCACAGACUGGAGAUUGUGCUUUUAUUUUGUUUUGUUUUUUUUACAUCAAGAGCCUCAUCUGUAUCCCUUUGUCCAGUUACCAUGAGAAUGGCAGCUUACAUCCGGGAUCAAAAUCUCAUAAAGCACUUUAGUUCUGACAGUGCAUUUAGCUGAGAAGAUGUGUGAUUUCCUGGUAAAGGGCAGUUAACUUGUUUUCAAAUUGGGAAGUUAUGCAAUUAAAGUGUUUCUACUGAAAACCUUUGUGUUUAGCACAAAGACACUGAAACUUCUAGUAGCAAAGUGAGUAUAUAUUAGCCUAUUUGAUGAGAAAAGGCAAUACUAAAGUGAUGUAAAUAAAAAAAAAAUAACAUGAAUGAAAAAAAAUAUUGUAAAAAAAACAAACAAACAACUAAAACAGGUUGUGUCCAUAAGUGACAGUCGAGGAGAAUAAAGUUGUGUAUUUUUUAACAUUUAACACUACUUCUAAUUUGAUCAUCUGUAAUAUGUUAUUCCCUAACCUCAUUUGAUUAGCAUAUGUCUAAUGCACUCACAUUUUGAUUUUUCAUGUUUUGAAUUUGCAGUAACUAUGCCCAUGGGCAUUCUGCAGCCAUUGCUUUUGUCACUUAAUAUUUUACCGUUUGUGUUGCCAUGUAUGUGAGAAGGGACAAGGUUACAUCGUAUAUAGCUUGACGACCUCAAUCCUUUUGUCCAAACAGAUGGGAAGGACCGCUGAGAUUAAAAAAAAGCUCUGGUUAAGAACAUUUUACAGUGUGACAAUCAAGGUCAUCGACGUCGUCUUGAUU